ACGUGUCCACUCCUUUGACGUUAAAGAGUGCCGUCAAGUUGAGUUUCGUCCCAAAACCCUAAAUCAUAUAUUGAAGCGAAUCGAAAGUUUUAGGGUUUAGUUUUGCAGCUUACAAUCAACAAUGGCCGCAAAUGGAAUGCCCCCUUCUGGUCUCGAUAAAGAUCAGGCAGAUAUUUGGAAUGGCUGAAAAAGAGAUGGAGUAUAGGGUUGAAUUGUUCAACAAGAUGACCCAGUCCUGCUUCAAUAAGUGUGUUGACAAUAAGUACAAGGAGUCCGAGCUAAAUAUGGGUGAAAACACCUGCAUUGACCGCUGUGUUUCCAAAUACUGGCAUGUGACUAAUCUAAUUGGUCAGCUUCUUGGUACUGGCGGGAAGCAAUGAUUCAAGUAUAUUAUAUUUGUGUUCUAUUUUGCGGUUUGAUCUACCUGAGCUAGGACUGCAGUAUUAGUAGUUGCAACCUGAGGAAGCUUAAAUUUAAUAUUUUGCAAUGUCUUUAUUAUUUCCCAUGACUAUGUUGAGGUCAAGCUAUUUUAUCAAGAGUUAAUACCUGUUGUGAGCUUGAGAUAGCUCACAGAAAACUCUAGAAUAAUUUACUCAGUUAAUUUAGUUCAUUUUUCCUUUCUAAUUUGAUUCUUUAGUUUUACCUUC